CUUGUAUACUUCCUUUUCCAGACUGUAAUCUUCGACUGCUGUCAUUCAGGCUCUGGUUUGCGAGAAGGUCCAGAUGAGGACGACGAAAACGCACCCAUGGAAAGAGGGGUCAUGCUUGACCCAAGUGAUGGUUACAAGAUGACCGAGGGGCAGGACGAAGACGUCGCUGUCCAAGGUGCCGUUGAGAAAGCCGCCUCGAACGAGGGCAGUCUCAAUGGAUCCUACGUACGCCUCUCGGCAUGUUGGUCCACCGAAACUGCUAGGGAAUCCAACAAAUCGGGUCACUUUACCAGCGCGCUACUCAAACGCCUCAGGCUCGACGACGGACCCAAGCUCACUUACGCACAACUUAUUCGAGGACUUGGUCCUCUUGAGGGGCAACGACCACAGUGUGAGGGCGCCAACAGCUCCUAUAUUGUCUUCCAAGGCCGUCCUCAAACGCUGCUCCCUCUGUCUUAUCUCGUCACCUCCUCUGGACCCUUUGUCAGAGUCAGCGCUGGCGAGGCGGAUGGCGUAACGAAAGGUGACCGAUUCGACAUAUUCGCAGAUGGCAUGCCUAUAGAGACCGCCAUUGUUUCCGACUCCCCUACCGCCUUCACAUCGGACCUGGACAUCGAUGCAGACAAGUUCAACGAAUUGACAGCAUCAGCGCAAUCGGUUUGUGCAGUACAGUCACGUAUCGCUUCGAAGCCGAAAUUCCGCGUCUACCUGGCCACAUCGGAUCCAAAUUCCGGAAUUUGCUCCCAACUUGAGCAACAGGUGGCUCGUCUUGCAGCCGCUGACGACAUGAGGUCCAUUGUGUCUGUUCUUCAUGGCGAGCCUGCGGACAUGAUCAUUCGCAUCGAUGUGGGAGAGGACGGUCGACACCACGCUACCUUCGAGCUUCAUCAUGCUCUUCUCCCCCAACCCAUUCACCUGCACUCACCAGCACCGGCAACCCACCAAGCCGUCUACCGCGUCAUGACAGCAGCAGCAGACUUUUACUGGCAUCUCGAUCGCACGAGCGGUAACAAGGGCAAGAUUGCGAAUUCAAUCCAGGUCGACCUUCACAGGUUGAAGCCCAUGGCACCAGGCACCAACAUGAAAACGGUCAAGGGCACAAAAUUGAUUCCGGGCGAGGCCAUAGAUUAUGACGGUUCUGAAGAAUUUGGGUUGACCGUAUCAUGUCGCUCGGGUUUAUCGCUUCAUGUUGCGGCCUUUUUCUUCAACCUCAGCACUCUCAGCAUCGAGCCUCUCUUUCUCCCGCCGAUCGCCCUAAAUCAAGAUGUGGAACCGACUCUGAACAAGAAAGAGAAAUCCCUUCCGAUUGGAUACCAAUCCUCAGGCUGGCCCCCAUUGACGUUCUCCUUCCCGGAAUCCGUUUCAGUUGGCGACACUGUGAACGUUGGUUUCAUCAAGGUCUUUCUCUGCCAUGAUUACGUCGAGUACGAACGAAUCAUCCAGGGCUCGCCUUUCAAGGACCUCUCCGCCUUCGAUCACCUCUCGAAUGUGACGGACGCCCUCGAUUUCGGCAAGGGGCUAGAUACCUCUCCCGAUGGUGAGCCGCUGUCAGGAGGCCGACCUAGAGGAUCGCUUUUGAGCAAACUCUUCAAUGUUUUUUCUUCGAGCACCUUCUCCUACUUUCGCAACGGGAGCAGCGCAUACGACUGGGAUACCGUGACCCGCCUUGUGACCCUUCGUAGAACGUAA